AUGGUCGGCGAAUUAUAUGCCCAAACAACAUCUUCACCUCCGACCCCAAUUACACCCCCAGUUGAUCCAACUAUACAAAAACUUCAACAAGAUAUUUUAUCUCUGCAAAACGAAAUAAAUAAAAUGCGCACAGAGGCGGAAUGGAAAAGUGAAGCCCGAAGUGGAGGGCAAGCAUCCGCAACAAGCCACAGAUCCGAAUAUACCAUUCAAACCGAAACUCUCUGGGUCGAAUUUAUCGCCCUAUUUGACGAGAGAAGAAAAAGAGAAAAACGCUCUCCCACAAAAAUGUAUAACGCUAUAUCUGGAGAAAUUGGACUCAGUCCAGCUACACUUGCAAGCUUUUAUCACCACCAAAAAUCUUCGCAAAUAACUUCGUUGGACAAAAUCGGGAGUUGGAUCGAGAAAGAAGGGAAAAAGAAAGAUACUUACUUUAGUAGCAUGGGAAGUAGUAGUAAUAAUGAUAAUGAUUAUAAUGAUGGGUAG